CAGUCUUUACCAUCUUCGGUAUGUUAUGGGAGUGGCGACGAAUGGUGGGUAUAAAUAGAGAGCUUCUCGAACGAAGGCAUCACACACCUUGGGUAAAACACUUGCCAAGCUUCCGCGCAUUAAUUCAUCAUGUACAAGAUUGCUUUCCUUAUUUUGGCUUUGGCCGCCUUCGUUUUUGCUGCCGAGACCCAACAAGAUCAAGAAACUGCUGAACAAUAUUACCGCGUUCAUGGUGUCUAUCCAUCUUGGUAUUCGUAUGGCGUAGUCCGUAAUUACGGCUAUCCGUACGGUUACAACGCUGCCGCUUACCCCUACGGUCUCAACUAUGGCGCUUUCCCCUACGGAGUGCGAAGCUUUUAUGGAGCUUACCCCAACUACGGCUAUGGUUAUAGCUACGGUUAUUAAACCUAAACGUUUAAAUCCUUGAAUUUGACUCUCACUCAAGCUGACCUCUCAAUGUUGAACACGAGCAGCUUACCUGAUAUGCUCCCAUUAUGCUGAUUUCUCAAAGGUUAUUCUCAUGUAUACGUAAUAACCCCACGUAAACCAACUGUCGCAAAUAAAACAAUUUUGAAAAUA